CAAAGCUCCUGUACAUCUACUGAUUGACAUAUUUCUUUGGGAUUUACUGUAAGGUGUAUGUGAAUAUAGCCCAGAUAAAUACAUAUGACAGUAGGAUGGCUUUUUAAAUUCAUCUUUUUCUUUCAUCUGAUUGCAUGGUUUAGGAGGCAGUCUGCAUUUUACAGUCAGCACACGUUGGAUUUGCUGGUUGCUCUGUGUGUGUGUGUCUGUUUGAGAGAAGGACGGGGGUGUAUCGAAAGCCUCAUACAGAAGACUAGUGAGAAUCAGAAAAGACUUCUUCUGCAGAGAGGUGAGAGCAUGACAUCUCUGUUUUGUGUGAUUCAAAUAGUGAAGCAGAUGACUGUAACAUCUGAAAACCAGGUCAGGAGAGCAGGUCUUGGCUGGUGGUUUCAUUCAGCUUAACAUCGUCCUGAAGAGCUACACAUAGACAAAGACGUGAUGCACACUCCGGUGUCCAUGCUGAUGGGGGUGGUGUUUGCUCCCUUGGGCCUUGUGCUGGUGUUCACUGCAGCGAUCACGCCGCAGUGGAGGGAGGGACAGGCGCGGUUGGGUGCGGCUGGACGGGGUGGAGCCACGGAGCUCCUCCUUCUCCGUUCAGAUGGCCUGUGGGAGAGCUGCCUGCAGGUGGUGCACUCUGAAGUCAAAGAGUGCUGGCCUGUGUCUGGGUCCUACCAGCGGGAUGCUCGGGUUCGAAUGGUCCAGGGGAUGGUGCUGUCGUCUCUUUUCCUGUGCGGUGCGGGGAUUGUCUUUGCCAGCAUAGGUGUCCGCUGCUGGACCGAUAUCCCUCUUAGGAGUGUAGCGGCAGCUGGUGGCCUUUUGGUGGUGCUGGCAGGUGUGCUCAGUCUGGCUGCAUUAGGAGUGUACACUCAUAAUCUUUCGAAGCUGGGGAUCGAGGUGGAUUCAACCAUAUCAGAGACACAAGGACUCAACGUACACAAGCCACCACGACUAACGUUACACCCGGCCGGGUCCCUCUAUUUCGGUUGGGUGGGAGCUUGGGUACAGGUGCUGGGAGGGGCCGCACUGCUCCUUGGGUUUAAAAGCAUGAAGUGUUCAUCCUCCCACAAGCAGAGAUUCAAAGACAGUGCAGAGAUGUAUGAAGUGAAUUGUUAGAUGAACCAAAGGUUUCCUAGAGACUAUCUGGUGUUUAAACACAUUGAGCUUGCACAUGACUCAUUGUGCACUGUUAGUGUUUUUCAAUUGGACAAAUAAGAUGUGGUAAACACAUGAUGUUUCUAAAGAGAAUUAUAUUAAAGGGGUCAUAUUAUGUUGCUAAAAAGAACAUAUGUGUAUUUGGUGUAAUGCAUUGUUGUUAUGCGGUUUAAGGUAAAAAAAAACAAACAAAAAAAACAUUAUUUUCCAAGUACUGUACGUUAUUGUUGCUUCUAUAUGCCCUGCCUUUCUGAAAUGUGUAGAUUUUUACAAAACUCAUCGUUCUGAAAAUCACAGUGUGCUCUGAUUAGCCAGUGAUCUAGUGCAUUGUGAUUGGCCGAAUACCUCAAACGUGUGAUGGAAAUGUUAUGCCCCUUACCAGGUUCAGGAAACUUCCCUCUGUAAAAUUCAAGUAAAUGGUCUGUGCUUACCCGAAUAUUUGGGUUGUACUGUUCUGGAACAGUUUUGUAAAUAAAACUUAUGGGGUGCUUUUAUGCUUUUUAACUUUUCGUUAGUUUGUAAUGUUGCUGUUUAA